AAAACCCUAACACGGAAAAGAAAAGCCAAUAAUGAAACUUCCGUUUUCUUCGUUACCGGUGGAUAUGACGGUAUCCUCUCUCUUAUCCACCGCGGUUGCCGCCUCAGCUGGUGUCCUAAUCAUGUUGUCAAUGUACAAGGGUCGCCGCAAGAGCCUCCUUCAAAGCCCCCACAUUACAACGCUCUGUCCACCAUCCGAACGCGAAUGUCCAUGUGGUAAGAUCCUAUUCGUUUCCCAAAUCAGAACGUCAAAAGCCCUGGCGCAGCAGCUACGCGAUAUGUUAGCCUCAAACCGUAUUAUUUUAGAUCUCGUAGAUACGGUUGAUUACGAACCCGAAGACCUAGCCAAGGAGAACCUCGUCCUUAUCGUUGCUUCAACUGCGGAACAUUGGAACCGAUAUCCGCUACGAUGGCCUAUCGUCACGAAAGACAUCAUCCUACGUAGCGCAGCAGAGGAGUUCGCCAAGUGGCUCAAGGAGAGAGUAAGGAGCUUUGAGGGUGAAGUGUUUGCUGUGAAGGCUUGCACUUUCAGUGCGUUUGGUGUGGUCGGUAGGUUUUCCGAAGAUGGCAAGAAUUUGAUGGCUAAAGCCGCCAAUCACAUUAGGGAUUUGGGUCACGCUACUCAAUUCAACAAUGAUUUUGAUUUUGACAACUGGUGGCAAAGGGCUGUUGGGAUUUUGAAAGGUGCAGUUUUGGAAGAUGCAGUGUCUGAUGGCAAGUGUGAGGAAUCUGAACCUGAGGAUGUUUCUUGUUCCGAUCCAAAGCUACUCAUGCCGCAGCGAUUCUAUGUUUUUGUGGAAAAUGUUGAGAAAGGGGUAUAUAGGACCUACACACGCAGGAUGUUAACUGUCACUGAGGCGAACUUGAUGAAGGAUGGCUCUGUUGAUCUUGAAGAAGCAGAUCCUGUUGCUCCUCAAUGGCCUCUUGCCAAAAGUAUAAGAGUUGAUAAAAGGUUACCAAUGCAUCUAGGAUUCUGUUCCGUUGGUGGUGUCUUGUACUUCGCAGGUGGUACGGUGCAUUGGAUUCUUCCAAAAAAAUAUCUGGUAGGCUCGGACGUUUAUUACCCCAAAAAUUUGUGGUGCCUCGAGAAUGAUGGCUCUACUUGGAUUUCGAGUAUACGUGGUAACACAUUCAAGAACGGAACUUUAGUAGUCCCAUACGAUGGCAAGUUGUUAAUCUUUGGGGCUGAUUGGGUUGAGAUCUACGACCCAAAAUCAGAUUACUGGGAUAGAAGGGAAGUGACUUAUAAGGACUUUUUUCAAGGAUAUAUGGAUCUUAAAUGUUAUUUUCUGUGGAAGGACAACAGCACUAAGAAUCGCAAGACCCUCCUUUUCUUAUAUUUUUUUGAUGAUGGGCAACAAUCACUCAUGUCAUAUGAUGUUGAAGCAAACAUCUGGAAACCCAUAGAGUGCCGGUUUCCGCCAAUUCGUGAUGAUGUGUACGUUCCUAGGAAACUCCUUCGCUUGGGAUCCACUGAUUAUCUACUCAUUAUUGAUUUCGCCGCUACUUGGUACGUGUACGACUUGUCUAAGAAGAUCGUCUUGGCAGAUCUGCAUAUAAGUGGUCUUGAUGAUACUCUGCUGGUGUUGCAUGUUUUCUGUUGUCAUUGCACCCGGAAAGAAUGUCUGGUCUAUAUCUUCAUGGAACUAUGUCUAGACUAUGAUCUUCCUGACUUUGUUCCUUAUGCGAGAGUAAAGCUCCAAAUUGAUGGUAUUUUUUCUGCUGAGGUUGAAUCCAAGGGUGAUUUAAAACUUGGUCCCUAUACCCAACUCCACAUGUUUGCUGUUGGAGACGAAGACAUUGAAGGGAAGAAUGUAGCUUAGUUGUUGUUGUUGUGGUAGCCAUUUGGAAUGUGUUUCCUUGAACUUAUUAGAAUUUUAUCGUUAAUGACCGCUAACAAUAACUUUUGACUUAAA